AUGUCCCGAACGACAGCCGUGAAUUACUACGAGAUCCUUGGCAUUAGGUCCGAUGCGACUAUCAAGGAUAUUAAUACCGCGUACAAGAGGCUUGCUCUUAAGUAUCACCCAGACAAAGCAGGCGGAGUUGACACAUCUCAGACAGAGUUCCAGAAGAUCCAGCAGGCCGUGGAAACGCUUCGCGAUCCAUUUCGCCGCAAGACACAUGAUCUGGAACUCGUGCGAUUGGGGAAGAUUUCCGUCCAGGAAACGACUUUCCCGCGCGCCGGCGGCGCCGAGUGGUCCGCUUACGGGUUCAAACGGUAUGACGAUGGUAGUCGCUACAUGUACAGCUAUGAGAACAGCGUGCAUGUAAGUCCCCAGAACAAGGAAUCGAAAGAGGACAUGGCGUGGGUUGAGCAGAUGUUGAAGGCGGAAGAAGAGUACAGGAAGAAUCUUGCGAAGCAGAGGGAACAGGAACAGAUGCGGGCUCAGAGGGCAACGGAGGAAGAGGAAGAGGAAGAGGAGGGAGGAUGGAACGAAAACGAUAAACAGCAGCAGCAACAGCCCUGGGAGCAUGGUCAUCCUGGGCCUUUCCAGCAGUACACCUUUACCAAGAACCAGUUCCAGGCAGAAGAGGAUGAGUAUGAUUUUUACUCACCCUGGGAAAUUCCUGGAGGACCUCACUGGAAGGACAGGAACAUCUGGGAUAGGUGUGCACGAAGGGCUCCACAGUGGGGACAGUGCGAAGAAGAGCAAGAAGAAGAAUACUACCAGGAUGAAUGUCAGGGAGCUCAAGAGCACGAAGACAUCUAUGGAGAGAAUGCUGGAGAUGAACAUAAGCGCUACGCAGGCGACGAAUAUGAGCGAGGGCUCUAUGAAGACCCAAACCAAAUCCACAAAGUAGAGGCCGAAGGUGGAGAAGAGUUCUACCAGAACCAAGAGGAAGGUCAGCAUGAGCUCUAUGCUGAAGAAGACGAAGAUGACCAAGAGAUCUAUGAAAACCGAAAUGAGCUUUAUGAGGGAGACGAUGAGGAUGAACAAGAAUCUUACGCUGAGGAGGGCGAAGACGAUUCAGAGCCCGAUGAAUAUCAAAAAGGUCCGAGCGAGGCAGAGGCUGAUGGCGAACAAACUAACAACGGAGACCAAGCUCAAGAAAAGUAUGGGGCUUACGAAGUAGACUACGAAGACGAACAAGAGGCCUAUGGCGAUCAUGCUGAAGAGCAGCAUGGUUUCUACGAAACAGAAGCCGAUCACUACCAGGACUCGUAUGAAGAGGAGGCCUACUAUGAGAGCGAGGAUGGUGAUCAGAGCAUAUAUGAACAGGAAUACAGUGAGCAUGACCAUGACUUUGGAGAUUCGUCCUUCCUUCCUGAUGAUCAGCUUUCUGAGUAUCUCCCGUCUGUCUGCGAAUCCGAAGGGGAGUACGCAACUGCGAAGAGCAACGACUCCGAGUUCCAAAACUGCUCCGACAAGGGAAACAUUGGCGCUGUCCCUCAUGACAAUAACAGACAUAUUCUGAAAAAGGCACACAAUCCAGAAGAAGAUACAGGCGUAUACUAUGACUUCAGCGAGGCGAACGCAACCCACACAUCAUACAACACAAACCCUCCGUCAACGAAUGACCCUAAUGAAAUCGAGAACAAUCAUGAGACUGAGAACAGACCGCGAUUUCCGCAUAACGACUUCAUCAACGAGUCAAAUCUCCAGCACAUCCUUGCUCCUUUCAUUCCUUACUUCAGAGGCAAGCUCGAUGAUCCCAGCGGCCGCUACACGGAAGAGGACCUCCGCGUUGAACUCCGAGGAAUUGUAAUGGAGAUCUUCUGCGGUUGGCUCGAAAAUCUUCGCCUUGCGGUUCCUCAUGCAGAGAUCCCAGCCACCGGCAACGAUCCAGAGCAGUGUCCCCACCUUGGAGCCUGGGUGAAGCGGUUUGAUCGGCCGGAAUGCAAGACCUGUCAUCGCUGGAAGCCGAUCUACACACUUACCUGCCCCGGAUGUGGCAUUAAGGCCUGCGUUAGUUGUCGAUUUCAGUAG